AGUGACUAAUCCAGGCGUGUUUCAACAGAUGGUUAGAGCUGGCCUAAUUCAGUCACUGCAGUUGAAUGAGGUUGAGAGGAGAAGCUACUGAGAGCCCUUUUCGGAGCUGUGUGGUCUCUGCGCUUCCUGGCAUUGUUAAGGGGAUCCUCUUUGAGAAGCCCGUGUCCCAGAAAUGAGAGAAAGCUGACUGAUAAAGAAUACGCAUUGGAAUCAGACUUCAUAUAUAAUGUUCUUGCGGACAUACACUUUCUAUGCCGCUUGAAUAAUGAAGCUGUAACAAAGUGACCAGUUCCAGGACCCCUCCUUCCCCACUCAAGGGUGAAAGCACUGAAGAAAUUUGCGACAGACGACCUGAUCUUUCAUUUCUGGGAACUGUAGAGCAUUGGAAUACUGGAAUCCCGAAAAGUCAUAAUCCUGUACGGAGUCUCAAGUUAGCUGAAAAUAAACGAAGAAAGGAAUUCCUUUCCUAACCUCGGAAGGACAAAAGGCCUCAAGUGAGACGAAAUGUUACAGUCAAGACUUGCCCUUGGAUUGGUUGUGUUGGGAUUUGUUGCUUUUGUGAGUCCUGGGUUAGCUGUCCUUUCUCAGCGACUGAAAGGCCGAUUUCAAAGAGAUCGCAGGAAUAUUAGACCAAACAUCAUCCUCAUUUACACAGAUGAUCAGGAUGUGGAACUUGGAUCUUUGGAAGUAAUGAACAAGACCAGGAAGAUCAUGGAGCAAGGAGGAGCACACUUCACAAAUGCAUUUGUGACAACACCCAUGUGCUGCCCUUCAAGAUCAUCCAUGCUGACAGGGAAAUAUGUCCACAACCACAAUACCUACACAAACAAUGAGAACUGUUCAUCUUCCUCCUGGCAGGCCACACAUGAACAGCGGACAUUUGCUGUGUAUCUGAACAGCACUGGCUAUAGGACAGCUUUCUUUGGAAAGUAUCUGAAUGAGUACAAUGGCAGCUACAUUCCACCUGGUUGGCGUGAGUGGGUUGGAUUAGUAAAGAAUUCUCGGUUUUACAAUUACACACUCAAUAGAAAUGGUGUAAAGGAGAAGCAUGGAUUUGACUACUCAAAGGAUUACCUGACAGACUUGAUGACAAAUGACAGCAUCAACUAUUUUAAAUUAUCCAAGAAGAUUUAUCCACAUAGACCAGUUAUGCUGUUGAUAAGUCAUGCUGCACCCCACGGUCCUGAGGACUCUGCUCCACAGUUUUCCAACCUCUUCCCCAAUGCUUCCCAGCACAUUACCCCCAGCUAUAAUUAUGCACCCAAUCCAGACAAGCAUUGGAUCAUGAGAUAUACUGGCCCAAUGAAACCCAUCCAUAUGGAAUUCACUAACAUGCUACAGAGGAAGCGCCUGCAGACGUUAAUGUCUGUGGAUGAAUCAAUGGAAAAGCUCUAUAACAUGCUUGUUGAAACUGGAGAAGUGGACAAUACGUACAUCAUUUACACAGCAGACCAUGGCUAUCACAUUGGACAGUUUGGACUCGUCAAAGGAAAAUCGAUGCCCUAUGAGAUUGAUAUCAGAGUGCCAUUUUUCAUGCGGGGUCCCAAUGUGGAACCAGGGUCAAUAAUUCCUCAACUUGUUCUAAAUAUAGACCUUGCCCCAACAAUUUUAGACAUUGCAGGUCUGGACAUUCCAGCUGACAUGGAUGGCAAAUCUAUUCUAAAGCUUCUCGACACUGAAAAACCCGUCAACAGGUUCAACUCAAACAAGAAAACAAAAAUAUGGCGAGAUUCUUUUCUUGUGGAAAGAGGUAAGCUGCUCCACAAGAGGGAUGAGGGUAAGAACACCCAAGAGGAAAAUUUUCUGCCGAAGCAUGAAAGAGUGAAAGAUCUUUGCCAGAAGGCAGAAUACCAGACACCUUGUGAGCAGUUUGGCCAGAAAUGGCAGUGUGUGGAAGAUUCCACUGGAAAGCUUCGGCUUCAUAAGUGCAAAGGAAUGGCUGUCACAGCAGCAUCUGAGAAGAGGAGGUCUAAUCGCUUCCAGUCCAAGUAUUACAACGGUGAUGGAGGAGAUUGUGAUUGUGAAGAAAAUGGAUCCAAAAUUAAUACAGCAGCUCGACAGAAACAGACCAUUUUGUCCAAGCAAAAAUUUAAGCAAAGCUACAUACGGAAUAGGUCAAUCCGUUCAGUAUCUGUUGAACUUGAAGGAGAAGUCUAUGAUCUGGAUCUGGAUGAAGGAUUUGAUCCAGUUGUGCAAAAGAACGUCACUAAACGCCAUGAUGUGGCUGAUGAGGAAGAGGAGAAUAUGGGUGAAAGCAGUGGCACUGACAACAGCAAUGAACUAAUUGUGCCAAGUUCAAUUAAAGUCACACAUAAGUGCUAUAUAUUGGCCAAUGAAACUGUUCAAUGUAACCGAGAUCUGUACAAAUCACUUCAAGCGUGGAAGGAUCAUAAGUUACACAUUGAUCAUGAGAUUGAAACACUUCAAACUAAAAUAAAGAAUUUACGAGAGGUCAGGGGUCACUUGAAGAAAAAAAGACCUGAAGAAUGUGACUGUUCCAGGAUGAGUUUUCCCUCUAAACAUAAGGGAACGAAAGGAAAGCUCAAGCACAAAGGAGCUAAUCAUCCCUUCAAGAAAGGAAACCAGGAUAAAACUGAAAAUGCUUGGAUGUUUAAGGACGAGAGAAAAAGGAAGAAGCUGCGAAAAAUGCUGAAGAGACUGCGAAAUAACGAUACAUGCAGUAUGCCUGGUCUCACUUGUUUCACACAUGACAACCAACACUGGCAGACACCCCCAUACUGGACAUUGGGGCCAUUCUGUGCUUGUACCAGUGCGAAUAACAACACUUACUGGUGUUUGAGGACCUACAAUGAGACCCACAACUUCCUGUUCUGUGAGUUUGCCACUGGUUUCUUGGAAUACUUUGACCUCAACACAGAUCCUUACCAGCUGAUGAAUGCAGUGAAUACGUUAGAUCGAGAUGUUUUGAACCAGUUACAUGUACAACUUAUGGAAUUACGAACCUGCCGCGGCUUUAAACAGUGUAAUCCACGGACCAGAAAUAUGAACACAGGAGGAAAAGAUGAAGAAAAGUUUAAUCAAUACAGGCAAUAUCAGCGCCGGAAAUGGCCCAAAACGAAGAGACCAAACACCAAGUCCUUAGGACAACUUUGGGAAGGCUGGGAAGGAUAGACUCUUGGGGAAAAAAAGCUGAUUCCUUCAGCAGCAUCAACUGGCAACAACUUGAAACUUUAUACAGACAGGGUGAAAGCCUAUACCUUUAUCAACUGAAUUUCAAUUUUAGCCUUGAAGACUGAAUAAACUAAGGGGGCUGAUGUAGGUAGAAUGUUUGCACUGUUGGGGAAUUUGAAUAGAUAAGUAAACUAUCAAGGAUCAUUUAUGUAAAUGAAGGUGGAAUGCUUCUUCCACUGGUUGCUAGACUAUCUGCUAUAACUCAAAGUAAUGCCUCAUUUUGUUCAAAGCCAUCAUUUUGGAAUGCAGCUCACUUGACUUACAGAAACUGGCUGAUUCUGCAGGAGCAAAGGAGCAAGGUGCAAUUUUAUUUUUUGGUGGAGCACCUUGAUUACAAGACAUUUCCAUUAUUUUGGAAAAUAACGUGAGGUGAAGGAAAUUUUGUAAGACUGCGACAGUGGUCAAAAUCAAUACAAGGGAAAUAAAUGUACAAGCAUGAAAAUGGAAGGGAUGAAUUGUUUGGUGAAGACUUUCUAGAAUAAAGUUUUGUUUGAAGUGAAAAGGAAGUGAAUAUUCAAAUUGUUAAUAAUAGUUUUAUCAACUGUCAGCCCCAAUUUGAGAAAUCUGCUUUGUUUGAGGACUUGCAUAUUUGUUCAGCCUCUGCCGUCAUUAUGUAUAGACAGCUUUGAGAUGCACAUUUAGAAAGACCAGCGUCUGUACAUUACUUAGAAUUCUAUCUUGUAAAUACUUACAACUUUUACACCCAUCAAUGAAGUUUAUUAGUGAAGCUAAGUCAAUGCAAACUGGAAUGCCUGGCUACAUACAAUAAUAUCAGAAAAAAAGCCUCAUCUUUAAAACUGCACCAUUUGAUUGACUAAUUAUUGAUGCAUUUUAAAGUCUUGUUUCAUACUGAUUCGUUCAAAUUCAUGAA